AUGCCUCCAGCUUUAGAUGACGAAUCAAAACAAAAUGAUCUCUCCUCUUCAUAUCGAAGCAGCGAUGAACAUUCCUUCCACAAGGCUGGCGUAUCAGUCGUCUCUGCAAACAGAAGUGUGUUUUCAACUGCUGCAACCGUUACUUCGGAGGAUGGUGGCUCUUCGGUUUUAAGCUCCCACAAGGCAGCAGAACUACGAAAGCCAAGGACUACUGGAAGACGAUCAUUUUCAUAUCAAGCUCAAUCAAAUGAUUCAACGAAUCAGGCGCUGGACUUUGAGUCUAUGCCACUGAUUGGUAGAGAGAGAGAAGUCGCAACCCUCGACGCAUGCUUUGCUCGCAUGAUUGACGCGUCAUUACAUGAGAAGAAUAACACCUUCGAGAGCAGAAAGGAGCUCGUUCUUAUCGCCGGAAAAUCUGGAUCGGGCAAGACUGCUGUCACUCGCACUCUAGAAAAAGAGGUAUUGAAGCACACCAAUGGUAUCUUCGUUCAAGGAAAGUUUGACAUGAAUACAAGCAGCGAACCGUUUUCUGGCAUUUGUAAAGCUUUCGGCAGCUUAUGUCUCAAGAUCAAGGAGGCUCCAGCUCAGGCACUUUGCACCGUUCAAGCAUGCAUCAACAAAGAACUGGGCAGUGAUGUCGAUUUGCUACUGCAUCUGAUCCCCGAGCUUAGGGAUCUCAUAAGUGAUACCUUCAACGACCCAGCAGUGAUGGACAUCGGAGCAGAUGAAAUCGAUAGCAAAGUCGAGCGAUUGCGUUUUGCCUUUCGUGUUCUCAUGAGAGCCUUCAGCUCUGCUGCGUCGCCAAUGGUCCUUUUCCUAGAUGAUUUGCAGUGGUCAGACGUAUCGUCCCUUCAAGUACUGGACUUCUUGAUGACGGAUGCCCAAAACGAGAAUCCCUUGAUGAUCAUUGGAUGCUACAGAUCCGAUGAGGUAGACGAAAAUAGUCUGCUCCACAACAAGAUCGUAGCCCUACAAGAAAUGACUGAAAAACACUGGUUUCAUCUCACGGAAAUUGAGGUUGGGCAUUUCGGUAUCAACGAGAUCGAACAGAUUAUCACAUCCACGUUGCCAAAUCCAAACGUGGCUGGGACGCUUGGUCUUGCUACUAUCUGUCUCAAGCGUACACUUGGAAAUCCUUUUUUUGUGUUGGAAUUCCUCAAGAUGCUUCAUCAAGAAGGGCUCUUACAUUGUGAUGCUAAUUCUGACUUAUGGACUUGGGAUGUAGACAAAAUCGACGGUGCCACCAUGUCUACCGCCAACGUCGUUGCCAUGCUUCAUGACCAGAUGACCAAGUUGCCGCAUCAAGUUCAAGCAUUGCUACAAUGUGCGGCGUAUAUCGGAUCGACAUUCACCGGAUCGACAAUCGAUCUUGUUUGGACGUCAUACGGUCGUAGACUGGUCGAGAGCAAGACUGAGCGCACUGCUUUGCUGCUCGACUUCAUAGUGAAAGAACAGAUCUUGGAAAAGGCUGAUAACAACACUUUCAGAUGGGUUCAUGACAAACUCCAGGAAGCCGCUCUCAGUCUAACUGGCAAGCGUCGUGAAUCUUUCCAGCUUGACAUUGGCCGAACUUUAUACUAUGGGUUGGACAAAAACCAAGUUGAAGAUGAAUUGUUUGCCAUUGUGGAUCUUAUCAAUAGCGGAAACGUUUUGAGGCUGACUGAGUUUGCAAGUGCUAACCUACGAGCAGCUGAAAAGGCCAGAGACUUGAGCGCUUUUCAGUCAGCAGCAGAGUACGCAGCUCAUGGCAUUGGUCUGCUGAAAAAUGAUAAGUGGUCUACAGAUCGCUCGCUAACCCUGAAGCUGUAUACUUUGGCGGCCGAAAUGGAGGCCAUGGUAGGGAAUUUCGCCGCUUCCGAACGAUAUAGUAGUGAGGUACUCAGCCAACCAGAUCUUUCAAUCAUGGAAACCAUUCCACUAAAGAUGGCCAAAGCGAGUUCCACUGGAUCCAACGAUCUGAAGUUUGACGAUUCCGUAAAGGUCUACCUGCAACUUCUUGACGAAAUGGGGUGCAAAGUAACAUGGGCGAGGAGACUCGUACCGGUGCAGUCGAUUGUCAAACUAAUGCGCAUAAUCAAGAGGGUAAAGGCAACACCUCAAAGCUUCUAUGACAAGAUGGUUCCGAUGGACGAUCCACGUCAGAAAGCGAUUGCAACAGUGUACUCCAAACUUGUGUACUAUUCGUACAUGGCAGGAGACAUGCUUCUUUUUGUUUUGACUGCAUGUAAAUUGGUGGAAAUGACGCUGGAUUACGGCGUUAACGAAUUCUCUGCCAAGUGCUUUGCAUCACUUGGGAGUGCCAUCAUCAUUUCCAUGGAAGAUUAUACGACUGCGACUACCUUCAAUACGAUUGCGCUGUCAAUGCUUCGGAAAUUCCGAGGAAUGCACAGUAGCGAAACAACCUUCAUCAUCUUUGGUGCAAAUUUGUGUUGGGUCAAACCGUUCAAUGAGGUGUUGACACCAAUGGGCAAUGUUGUCACAGAGGGCCUGAGAUCUGGAGACUUGGAAUAUGCUAUCUGUAAUCUGGUCUCAAACAAGAUAUCGCUCCCCUAUACAAUGGGUCGACCUCUAGCGUCCAUUUUGAAUGAGUGCCCCAAGACUCUAAUCCAGUGCGAGGAUGCUGCCCAAUCGUCCAAUGCAAUGGCGUUGAAAGUUCUGUGGCAAAUGAUGAAGAACCUCUCGGAUCCUUCAUGUCCCAAUCCUUCCGAGCUCGAAGGCGAUAUUUUCAGUGCAGAAAGCGACGAAGAGACUCUUAACACUCAUGUAGCCUUUGUCAACUUGGCUCAAGGUGAAUUGGCGUUGUUCAAUGGCGACUAUGAAACCGCUGCCAAGAGAGCACUAGAGGUGAAAGAUAUGUUUGCCAAGCUUUGCCCUGGUUUCUUGGUGAAUAUCGCCGAGCCAUUCUCCAGAGCAGUUCCACUGUACGCUGCUGCCCGCAGCACCAAAAAGAGAAAGUAUCGAGUGGAAGCCAGGAGACUUUUGAAGAUGAUUGGCAAAUGGAAAGCGGCAGGAAAUCCUAAUGUCCUCUACUAUCACCUGUUCCUCACCGCUGAGCAGUUUGCAUUGGACAAGAAAUAUGAUUCAGCACAGCAAAAGUAUGAAGAAGCCAUUGAAGCAGUAACUGCUGUAGGGCACUUGCACCAUCUUGGAUUGAUCCAUGAACGGUACUCGGAUUUUCUCGAAGAGCGUUCGAUGAACGAAAAGUCGAAGGAAUCAUUGAGACAAGCCAUCCGCUACUACAGGGAAUGGGGAGCUGGCGUGAAAGUCGAAAGGUUGGAACAGAGACUGUAG